AUGUCUUCACAGGGGAGUAUAUCUACCGUCCAGCCCGGUCAUGGAGCUGCCAACCAGUCAAUCUUGAAAAAGGGAGAUUGGGACCUACCUGCCAUCAAGGAUAUCCUUCCAGAUCAAUCAGGUCCCUCUUCUUCUCUACCACCACGGAAUACUGAACUCUUUGACUCGGAAAAGCAGCAAGUCAUGUUCCGUGCUCUGCAGGACAUCAUCGAAAAAGCCCAAGAGGUCGAUGAAGCUGGAAACAACUUCGAUCUCAAGGAGCUCCAUGCUUCCCUUGAAGAGGCAGAUGCUACCAUGAAGAGGGGACGCCGAGAUGCGGAGACUCUACAAAGCGUGGUAGAUACGCUGAACAAGUUGUGGAACUGCAACUCGGAGUAUUUGGUUCAAGCCACUGAGAUUAUUGCGAAUGGUAGCAGAGAUCCGUCAUGGCGUGCUUCAUUUGGGCAGUCCGGGAUCUUGAAAUUCUUUUUGGAUGUGAUCUCUUUGAAAGAUGAGGUCGAUACCAACUUGCUACUUCACUCUUUGCGAGUUAUUGGUAACUCCUGUGCCGACACAGAUGAAAAUAGAGAUAUUGUUGUCAAGGGAAAUUAUACUCUUGCCAUCAUCCGAUACUUCCUUGACCCAGAGUUGGUUUUCAUUGCCAUUCCGGUCAUUUACAAUAUUUGCAUGGACUAUGAACCCGCACACGCGCAGAUUGCGACUAAUCGAACGGCUUAUAUACUGUCGAAGUUGAUCAAAGACGGAGAGAUUGAGGAAAACGAAGCUCUGCUGAACUUUUCCUAUGAUUUGAUUGAAUUGGCCUCGGAACAAGCCGAAGGCAUAGAAACAUCCCCCGAUGGAACUAUCUUGUUAUUGAUGGAGCUUGCCCUUGACGAGACUCUUGAAUUCUCACAUUUCUCAUCUUUGGUCACUUCCCUUACAGCUUACCUAGAAAAAGAAAAGUUCCAAGCUGUUUGUGUAUCAAACAGAAUGGUAGAGGGCGUACUGGACGUCCUGCGUCGUUCAUUUUCAAUCGAGAUCGAUCAAUCCUCUGCCGACAAUAUCAAGGCUAUCUCUCAGGUUCGGCUCAAAAUCAAUCAAGCCUUGGCUGAGGUAUCUGCGUCCCCAUUGUUCGCCCAGCAUUACCCUCUAGACUCUCCUCUUUCGCAGACGUUGAAGACUUGGUUGGUUGCAGAUGAAGAUCAACUUCAGAUCUGUGCCUGUGUCAUGCUAGGUAACCUGGCUCGGUCUGAUGAGGUCUGCCAGGUCAUGGUCCGGGAUCUGAAGAUUCAUGAAGAGUUGAUCUCCGUCUUGAAUAGUGAUUCUCAGGGUGCAGUCUUGCACUCUUCCCUCGGCUUCCUGAAGAAUCUGGCAAUUGCCGGUGAUAACAGAGACAUCCUUGGAGAAGCUGGUAUCAUUCCUGCUGUUUCGCGGUUAUGGGCAUAUGAGUCUGUUCCGCAGGUUCAGUUUUCUGCUGCUAGUAUUGCGCGCCAAGUUAUUAUUUCUUCGAUUGAUAACAUCUCUCGCCUUCUUGCUCCUCUCUCGAAUGACCCGGACUCUCCGGCAAAUCAGCGGACCUAUCUCUCUUUGCUGCUGUCUCUUUUUGAGAAGUCAGAUUCUACCCCAAUCAAAACAGAGAUUGGACGUACGGUUGCUUCGAUCUGUCGGACUGUUUGCCCUCGAUCUCGUGAUGGAGAAGAACAAGCAAACAUUUUGCUUGACAAACUGUUUACCCUUCACAAAGGUCUUGCCCUGCCAUUGGGUGCUAUGAUCACCCAGACUCAAUGGCCUGUUGUCCGUAGUGAGGGCUGGUUUGCUCUUGCCCUGAUGGCAACGCAUAAGCUUGGAUGUACCGCAGUCGUAGACUGCUUGCACAAGACCGAGGUUACUGAGUUGCUCAAAACGACACUUGGGGUGGAGUCUCCCGGUCAGGAUGGUUCCAAGGAAGAGGCAGAUAAAUCGCAAGAGAACAAAGAUCGAGAUAACGCGUUCAUUCUUGUGAAAGAGCUGCUGAAAAAUGAGGCUGGUGCGCUGCCUCUCGGAUAUAGAGACAUGCUAGAAGACAUGGUGAAAGCUCAUACUUUUCAGUUGAGGGCUAUUGCGAACGCCUAG